AUGGAUAAGGAUAUCCUGUGGGCCACCACAAUAGUGGACCAAAAAGCCGAGUUGGACCAACAAGAGCAGAAACGCAGGACACGUGCACGGAAGCUGGGAAUUUUGAUUGUGGAUGGCACUAAAGACCAAAGAGAGACAAACAAUGAAACACUCAAUCAGAGUUUUACCAAUAUUGAGGGUCCUGUGGAUUGUGAAAACUUCUUAAAGGCAGCCACAAAUGGAAAUGUCAAAGUGGUUGACAGGUUCUUAGAAGACGGAGGAGACCCAAACAUAGCUGAUGAGUUCAGAAAAUCAGCACUUCACAGGGCUGCCUUCGAGGGACAUGUUGUGAUUGUGGAGAAAUUACUGGAUAAGGGAGCAAACAUUGACUUCCAAGACCGGUUGGCUUGUACAGCUGUGCACUGGGCAUGCCGGGGUGGACGUGUAGCUGCUGUUAAACUCCUGCAGAGCAGAGGAGCUGACUUAAACGUCAAAGACAAACUUCUGAGCACUCCAUUACAUGUGGCUACCAGAACAGGACAUUGGGAAGUCGUAGAGUAUCUUGUAUCCAGUGGUGUCCAAAUUAAUGCCAAAGAUCGGGAAGGUGAUACUGCAUUGCACGAUGCUGUCAGACUGAACCGAUACAAAAUAGCCAAGUCACUAAUACAGGCUGGAGCAGACAUGAAGAUAAAGAACGCUGUGGGUGUUACUGCGACUGAGCAGGUGAAGAAAUGGCAGUGUGACACUAAGGAGAUGCUGGAGAAGCUGGACCAGAUGAAAUAGUAUUUCAUUUCAUAAAGGACAGUUGAGUCCUCACAUGAAAAGAUUUAUGCUCUCUUUCAGUGGAUUAGAAUUAAUGAUUGAUUUUUAUCUGUAGCCUACAAAUGGGUUUGUAUAGAAAUUCUUGCACUGAUGCGUAAAACUGGCGACAUUUUAGUUUAAUUUAAAUGGUUUCAUAUCUGACCCACAGGCAUAUAACACAGAAAUAGAUACAACAGAUUAGGUUUAGAUUGACAUAACUCACUUCUGUUACAGCGGCUUACUGAGUAUUUGUUUAAAUAAUUUCUCCUUAAAUUUAUUUGGUUUAAUAAUAAAAAUAUUUUACAAUGUAUUAUAAUGUUUCAAGCAUUUUAGCCAAGCCACAUUAUUGAGUAGAACUUUGCCACAGUAACCAACAUUAUUAACUUGUGUGUAAUUCAUCUUCUGUUGACUUGAACUGAUUGAAAUGAUCUGAUAUAUGUGCAGAGACAUGUUUACCCACAUUAAUGUUAACUGCAUUAAAGCACAAAUGUGCUGGCCUUCUUUUAUAAAUACAUGCUCCAGGGACAAUGAAGAAAGCAGGGUUAGGAUUUCUGUUUUGUCCCUGACUUAACAGUAGGCUUUGUGAGGAGGCAUUAGUGCAUAGUUUCCGGUUACUAUCAGGGGUUACCCUUUCGUACAAGUGAAAUGGAUAUACUGUACCCUUGCCAGUCACAUGGAUUAGCAAUACCAUGCUUCGUAAUAAUGUAAUUAAAACUUAAAGAAAGAUACUUGUUGCUCCAUCAUCAUUAAACCCUAAGACAUUUUAAGAGUGCCUAUUAGCCAGUAUCAAUCAAUAAAUCAGAUGAAACAUUACAUGCAUAUGCACGCAUACACACACACAUACACACUGUGGAGACUUUGUGAGACUGGAAAUUUCAGUAUUUGGCUCUGCUUACAUGUGACCUCUAUGUAUCUGGCACUUUGACUAUGGUGAGAGAUUGAUUUCUACCCCCAUUUGUUCAAGCACUGAUGAUUUAAGCCAGCUAGA